UUAUCUUAUUGCUGCUUAGCUGAAUUGCAUUCUCCAUAGCAAAUGUUACAAUUAAAUUAAUAAAAAAAUUUAAAAGAUACGUAUUGUGAUUCAUUGAGAGUGAUUGAUUAUAUUGUGAAAAUUAUGGCUAGCAUACCAUUAAUGUACGCUCAAGAGGAUUGUGAGCUAGGUGAAAAAGGAAAUAUCGAGGAUGAUUUCGCAUACCGCAAUAACGUGAUGGGAGCGGACAAAGCCAUCCGGCUGGGGUUCGUACGCAAGGUGUACAGCCUGCUCACAGCCCAGCUGCUAGUCACUGUAGCCAUAGCCGCCGUGUUUCUGCUGGUCAAGCCUGUUCAGGGUUUCAUACAUCAAAAUGAAUGGAUGGUGCUCAUAGCAUUCGUCCUCAGCAUGGGAACCCUCUUAACACUGAUCGUCAAGCGACGGGACUACCCAGCCAAUCUGUACUUGUUGGCCGGCUUCACGGUGGUACAAGCAUACACCAUAGGCGUAGUCGUGUCAUAUUUCGACACCUUCAUAGUGCUACAAGCCCUCGGUCUCACCCUGGCCGUGGUGUUGGCUCUGACACUCUUCACGUUCAACACCAAGCACGACUUCUCCUUUGUCGGAUAUGGACUGGUUGCUGGUUUGAGCGUUCUGAUAAUCGGCGGCUUCAUACAGCUGUUCGUACAAAGCUCUGCAUUCGAGAUCGCACUUUCCUUCACUGGAGCGGUCUUCUUCGGCCUGUUCCUCAUCUUUGACACACAGCAGAUGAUGACUCAUCUCUCCCCAGAAGAGUACAUUCUGGCCACAAUCAACCUCUACAUGGACAUACUCAACAUGUUCCUUUACAUUCUGCGAAUUCUGAACGAAAUGAAUCGCGGCUAAUCCAUCAGUAUUUAACCUAUUCAUUUGUUUCUUUUUAAAUGUGAUUUAUUAAACUGUCACUGUAUUUAUUUAAUGGCUGUACGAGUUUACCUUUGCCCAUUCACAUGGAUGAAAAUAUAUUUUAAAGAUGGCUGUGAAAAAUUGUUUGGAGUGUAAACGUACUAUUUUAGUAAAUGUUUUUUCUUGCAAUUGUUGCACAAUUUAUAUAUCUGAAAAUGUUUAUUUAUAUGAAUAAAUACCACAUAUUAUUAUCAAAAAGAAA